GUCCUCCCCCACAGGUUCAGGUAAACAGCUCUGACGUUUGGCUGAUGGGCAUCUCUGUUCUGAGCUCUCUUGGCAACUUCUGCAUAGAAAGUCGCAUCCUGGCUCUGUGCUGACGCCUUUGUCCAGGCUACGAGUUUCGUGCAAGGUUUCUGAAGGCGGGUUGGAAAAACGAAAAGAGGAGAGUGGUCGCAGAAUCUUUGGAAGCGGGACCAUGCCCUCUACCUCAGUGGAAUCAGAAACAGCUAAUUACACAGUGUUUUGAAUGAGAAUCUAGGACCAAGCCAUGGAUAUCCCCUCACUCCCAUGACUCUAUACGAUUCUCCUCUCAAGUGUAUCCCUGUAUCCUCUUCGUGUUUCCAAAGGCAAAACCAAAACCAAGCAACUUACAAACAUCAUGAAUCACUAUGUGGUAAAGCCGGGCAGUGGUGGCGCACGCCAGUAAUCCCAGCACUCUGGGAGGCAGAGGCAGGCGGAUUUCUGAGUUCGAGGCCAGCCUGGUCUACAGAGUGAGUUCCAGGACAGCCAGGGCUACACAGAGAAACCCUGUCUCGGAAAAAAAAAUAUUAUCAGGAGUUGGUGUCAUUUGAGGAUGUCACUGUCACGUUCACGUGGGAGGAGUGGCAAAAUCUCAACAAUGCUCAGAAGAUGCUGUACAGGAGUGUGAUGCUGGAGACGUAUAGUAGCUGGCUCUCACUGGGGCAAUGCAUCCCUAAACCUGAGUUGAUCUUCAAAUUGGAACAGGGAGAGGAGCCAUGGACAGCAGAAGAACCUGCAAACAAGACUCUGCCAGUCUUCUGCAGUGUGGAUGGCAUAAUUGAGACUAACCAGAAGAGUCGAGAGAGACAUUUGUGGCAAGUUACUUCCAACAGCCCAAAUAAAGCAACUGAGGAAGCAGAGGGAUUAGAAAACACUUUUUAUUUAUACUCCAUGAAUAUUUCAAGUUUUGUUGUAAGUAAUAGAAACUGUUCAGGAGUGAAGCCUGAGGAGUUGAAUGGAUAUCUGAAUACACAUCUCUCUUUGGAGCCUCAUGGAUUGUGUGCUGGAGAGCAAUAUAAUGGCUGUUGUGUAGCAGGGAAAUACAUCAGAUGUCCUGUGCAGUUGGGUCAGCAUUCCAAGAUUCUAACUGGACAGCAGGAAUUUGAAUAUAUUGGCGAAGGGAAAGAUACAAAGGAGGGAAAACUAUUGAAAAAAGUUACUCCAUCUAAGAGACUUCAAAUGGGACUGACUUCUUGUAAGCAUAAUGAGUGUGAGCAAGUUUCUGUUCAGUCAGAUGUCAUGGCUAAGAUAGGGAAGGCAACUUUCAGUAAGAAGUGUAACCUCACUAAACACCAAGCAACAGACUCAGUGAGAAAAUCUUGUAAAUACCUUGAAAGUAGGAAAACCUUUACCAGUGAAUUAGACCUUAUAGUAUAUCAGAGGACACAUAACCAGAAAAAAGACCAUGUAUGUAUCCAGUGUGAGAAACCUUUUAGCACUAAAUCUUCCCUUACUGUUCAUCAGAGAAUUCACACAGGAGAAAAGCCCUAUGGAUGUAGUGAAUGUUAUAAAACCUUCAGACAAAAGUCAGCUCUCAUUGUACAUGAGAGAACUCACACCGGAGAGAAACCCUUUGAAUGCUAUGAGUGUGGUAAAGCCUUCCAACAUAAGUGGUACCUCAAAACACACCAGAGAACUCAUACUGGGGAGAAACCAUAUGAGUGUAAAGAAUGUGGAAGAGCCUUUAUAAAGAAGUCAUACCUCAGAAUGCAUCAGGGAACUCACAAGAGUGAUAAACCGUAUGAGUGUGAGAAAUGUGGGAAAACCUUCCAUAACAGGUCAUACUUCAACGUGCAUCAUAGAACUCACAGUGGCGAGAAGCCCUAUGUGUGCAGUGAGUGUGGAAAAGCCUUUUACCAGAAGUCAGACCUCAGGAGGCAUCAGAGGAUCCACAACAGUGAGAAAUUACAUAAAUGUAAAGAAUGUGGAAAAGCCUUUCAAAAUAAGUCAUACCUCAAAACUCACCAGAAGGUUCACACAGGUGAGAAACCAUAUGAUUGUAAAGAGUGUGGGAAAGCAUUUCAAAACAAGUCAUAUCUCAACAAGCACCAGAUAAUUCACACAGGUGAAAAACCCUAUGAAUGUAAUAAAUGUGGGAAAACGUUUCAGUGGAAGUUAGUCCUCAGUAAGCAUCACAGAAUCCACACAGGUGAAAAGCCCUAUGAAUGCAUUCAGUGUGGAAAAAUGUUUGGCUACAAAUCAUCCCUCAUUGUACAUGAGUUGAUUCAUUCUGGGGAGAAACCUUAUGAAUGUAAUGUGUGUAGAAAAACCUUUUCACAGAAAUCAAACCUAAGCAGGCAUCAGAGAACUCACCGACAUGGGGAGCUAUGUUAGGAAUGGACGUGGAUGUGGUCCAUGUUCUGCCUCUCGUGUGGAGGUGUGCAGCAGCCCAUACACUGGCUUGCAGAAGACAAGGUGAAGUCAAGGACAGGGGUUUGCAGUCUGUGUUCCUCUUGGGGUGUCAGACAUUGCUGCAUGUCAGGCUUGAAGGGUCAAAAUAGUGCAGGAGAGGAAGGAACUUAGUCUGGUUUGGAGCUAGUGACAGAGGGGCAGAGGAGAGAGGUCUUCUUCAGGAGUUUUAGUUAUGGCUCCUGUUAGGUGAAGACCUUCCCUGAGGUGAUCAUUAAUGAAGAAGCUCUCUGAGAUGAUCUUAGCUUGUUUGUAUUGCUUUACUGGGGGUGGAUGUGAGCACAUAGGCUUUAUUCUGGGUAAAUGAGGGAUUAUGUAAUAUUGGGGGAUAAUGUGAGAAUAUCCAGGAAGGGAAGGUCAUUGGCUGAAGGCUAAGGUUAUUGAGAUGCCUCAUUAGUAUGGCUAGGCGGUCCAGGUGCUGUGCUAUGUGGCAAGUACCAAUCCCUAACAAGAUGAUACUCUUAUGUUUGCAGACAGGAGCAAAUUGUCCUCUGAGAGGUUCCACUGAGCAACUGACUCAGAGACAGACACCCAUAGUCAAACAGUGGAUGGAGCUUGGGGACUCUUAUAGAAGAGGAGAAAUGAUUAUGGGGACAAAAGGGGAUAGGAACUCCACAGGAAGACUAACAGAGUCAACUAAUCUGGACCCUUGGGGUCCUCAGAGUCUGAACCAUCAACCAAAGAACAUACACAGGCUGGACCUAGGCCUCCCCGCCAUAUGUAGCAGAUGAGCAGCUUGGUCUUCAUGUGGGUCCUGGAUACCUGGAGCAGGGGCUAUCCCAAAACCUGUUGCCUGUACUCGGGAUAUGUUCUCCUAACUGGACUGCCUUGUCUGGCCUCAGUGGGAGAGGAAGUGCCUAGUUGUGCGGAGACUUGAAGUGCCAGGGUUUGGGGAGGUAUACCCAGGGGUCUCCCACCCACUCAGAGGAGAACAGGAUGAGGUGAUGGAGGAAGGAUUGUGGGAGGAGGUGACCUGGAGGGGGAUGGUGAGUGGGAUGUAAAGUGUAUAAGUUAAAAAAAUUAAAAACCAACACCAACAAAAGAAACCAAUCUUUGACAUACAUCACAAAAUGUAUACAAAGAAAUAAUACUGGGUAGUAGAGUAAUUAUGUGUACUCCAGAGACUAUUUUCUUAUCUCUGGAAAUAGGUUGCAACUUUCAGCUUUUGCUUGUGACCAUCACAAAUUAAAUGCGCUCUGCUGGGAGAGUCUGAACACAAGUGGUGAGUAGUACUAGACUCCGCAGCCUGAAAAAUAGCAGGUAGUGGUUUUCAGUUUCUUUGUCAUGUCAGAGUGAGGUGCUCAUGACCCUAAGGACAUCUUCAUAAAAGAUGGUAGGAGAAAGUUCCUGCAAGUUAAGAAUUGUUUGGGGUUUUUUGUUUUUUGUUUUUUUGAUUUUUUUUUUUUUUGGAUUUGUUUUUUUCUGAGACAAGGUUUCUCUGUAUAGCCCUGGCUGUCCUGGAGCUCACUCUGUAGAUCAGGCUGGGCUUGAACUCAGAAAACUCCCAGCCUCCCAGAGUGCUGGGAUUACAGUCGUGCACUACCACUGCCCGGCUAAGAAUUGUUUGAUGAAAACAGGUCUUUAACCUUUAUCUUUGUGCCAUGUAUCUGGUGCAUUAGUGAGAAAUAAAUGUGUAAUGUUUAGUCUUCCCAACUGUGAUUUGUUUUCAUUAUAUUACCAAGAGCUCAUUAUUGGUAAUUCAUUUUAUGAAUACAGAGAAUCUUUCAGAUUUGAGUGAUUAGCCCUUUAUCAGCACAUUCAUACAGAAGAGAAGACUCCCUUGAUUCCCAGGUUAAUUGUAGAAAAAUCAAAUGUGGGAAAAACCACAAGGAAUCAUUUUGGGGAAUGCCUUUUAUCAUGUGAAUGUAUCUCAUUGAAAAAAAGGUAGAUGCCAAAUGUUUUUUAUAGUAUUUCCAGUUUUAUACAAAAUUAUAAUACAUAGAGACAUACCAACUCAUGCAUUAUACAUAUGAAUACAGGCAAUGUUAAAUAGCACUUUAACAACAAAUAUUUGAGUAUUUAUUAGACAUAAACCCAUGGGCUGAUAGUAGUCUGUGGGGAUCUGUGAUGGCAUUUUCUUUUUUAGGUUGAAAAAUCCAAGAUCAGGUAGUUUCAUCAUUUUAGCUUCUUCUGUGGGUCUUCUUGGCUGUUUUACAACACAUUAGAGGGUCAGAAGUGGACCAAGCUAAGUGCAGAAAGACAAAAACAUGCUCUGUGCUGCAUUAAAAAUAAUACAAAGACUGGAGAGAUGGCUUAGUGGUUAAGAGCACUGACUGCUCUUCCAGAGAUCCUGAGUUCCACAGCAACUACAUGGUAGCUCACAAUCAUCUGUAAUGAGAUUGGAUGCCCUCUUCUGGUGUGUCUGAAGACAGUUAUCGUGUACUUAUAUAAAAUAAAUAAAUUUAAAACAAAUACAAA